CCCAUUGAUAUCGUUCCAGAACUGUCUUUUGGCCAGCUGUAUGCAUCUCAACCAGGGGCGUCGAAUGCGGGUUUUUGGUUUUUCCUUUCAAUUAAGACCUAGACAACCAGGUGAGGGGAGUUAUUUACUAAUCAGUGAGCUUAAUUCAUCUAUCAAGUUCAACGGAGGAGCAAAAACCUGCAGACACUCAGCCCUCCGUGGAACGUGUUUGACACAGUGAUAUAAACGAAGUAGGGAGCCCUUGCUCUAAUGAAGCCCUAACAAGACCUCAGACCCGUUGAGCACGGGUUCUCUGGAAUGUGUUGUCAGGGUGUGUCAAGACUCAACACCUCCACCCUAAUUGCUCCGGCCAAGAUUUCAUUUGACAGACACAGUGUCACUCUCACCUCCAUACCCCUUAAACACUAACAGGCAUAAAAAUUAAAAAAACACAACUGAUCUGCAGGAAGCACAUGCAGCAGAAGAGGAUAAAUACUAACAAGAACAGUAUAAAGACAAGAGCUCAAAGACCAGACUGUUGCCAGUUAUCAGAUGACAUGGAAGUGUGUGCACUUACCCGCCACGUUAGAGACGACAGGGUCGGGACAUACCUGAAAAAAAAUAGCCGAAUUGGAAUGCAAUUUAACAUGGAUGGUGGCUAUGGCAGCACGGCAGUGGGCUCUGGGAUGUUGGGCAGUCUGGGCGGCUCUGAGACGGUCCCACUGCUAAUCACGGACCCCAAACCAGAGACGCCGAAAUGGCAGCCCAUGUCCAAGGAACAGCUGGAGCUCGAAGCCGGGGGCCCGGGGUGGAGGAAAAUACGCUCCCGCCUGGUGGUGGUCUUCUGGCUGGGUUGGCUGGCCUUGCUGGGCGCCUCUAUCGACAUCAUAGUGCAGAGCCCUCGGCCGGUCGCACCGCCGCUACUGUGGUGGCAGAGGGCGCUGUUUUACCGCAUACAGCCCAUACUGCUCAUGGACGCCCAGAAAGAGGUGCCAGAUGGUAUCGACGUGGUGUGUGAGCAGCUACCAUACCUGAAGUCCCUGGGUGUAAAGGCUCUGCUUCUGGAGGGGCUGUUUCACCAGGACGUGUCCCCACUGGACCUCAGUAAGAUUGCUGAGCGAGUGGGUACAGUGCCUCAGAUCCAACAACUGCUCAUGGAGAGCCACAACGCAGGCAUCAAAGUAGUGUUUGACUUCUGUGAUCUGGACCUGUUCGGACCCAAAGACUCAGUAGGCAACAACUCUGCUGUGCCCUCUGACCACACUGGCUCGAUACAGUAUGCACUCCGAUUUUGGUUGGAACAGGGUGUGGCAGGAUUUGGGAUCUGUGACACAGAUGCUGCAUAUUCCGAAAAGACCCUGACCGAGUGGAGAGUUCUGGUCAAGGAGUUCAGCACAUCAGAUUAUGAGAGGAUUGUAGUGGUGAAACAAACAGAGUCUCUACCUGCCCUGAAUACCUCUAGCACGUCAGUCAACAGCUCAUUGGUGGAGCUGGUUAUGAUGUCACUACUGCCGCACGAGCAUCACCUCCUGUCCGGACAGGAAGUGGCCAUUGCUGUGGAGAGACACCUGUCGACAUCCCACGGCGAACUUUGGCCUAGUUGGACGGUGGGCGGUGAAGCAUCACCGAUGUUGCACAGAAUACUCCUGGUUCUGAUGAUGACACUACCUGGAUCACCUGUUGUCAAAUACGGAGAAGAAAUAGUUCGUUCGCCGAAUGAGUCUGCAGACAUGAGCUGGGAACGUGAGGCAGACAAGACCAUUGGACUGAACGACUCUGUUGGGGAACAGAGGAAGCUCAAACGCUCUGCCUUGGCUCUGUUCAGCUCCCUCAGUGGCUCUCGCCUCAGAGAAGAAACUCUCCUUUAUGGGAGCUUCACCUUUCUCCCCUUCAACACCACCUCCCUCCCCCCCUACUCCACCCUGGCCCCCCCAUCAGCCCCUGUGCUAGCCUUCCUGCGCUCUUGGGGCUGUGUCCACUUCCUGGUGCUGCUCAACCUUGGGCCAGAGGCCCAAGCCCUGGACCCAGCAUGGGCUCCCAGCCUUCCCACUGCUGGGGUGUUUGUGACCAGCACAGGGAUGGACCGCCUGGGCAGCACCUCUCUGGAAACACUGAGGCUCCAGCCAGAGGAGGCCAUAGUCAUCAAACUGUUUGAGUCUGACAGCUACUCCUCCUAGGGCCUGUGGUCUGGGGCAUUAGGCAGAGUGAGAGGGGCUAGGACUGGAUGCAGGGGAGGAUAACUAGGCAGAAAUGGUAACUAUUUAGCCAUCUAUUCCUUUUUUUUUUUUUUGAGGCUAUAUCAAAAUGUCAACGUUCUUAAAAUAAUAAAUAAUUGUUUAUCAUUUGUUCUGAUGACAUGGUCAACUUAAGAGGAUGCCAAAUAUUUGGACUACAAUGCAAACACUUGGCAGAGAAUUUAAAGGCUGUGGCUGAGAUUAGUCACCCCUAUUGAAUAUUUUUUUCCACCAAUUGGUAUUUUGACCAAUAACAGCAGAUCUUUUGCAGAGCUGAUCUGAUUGGUCAGAAGACCAAUGGGUGACAAAAGAACACAAUUGGGCUGACUGUGUAUGAACAUGGGCAGUUUACUGUAAAUUAUCAUGUGUAACAAACACUUGACUCAACAGUUGAUUUCAACAUCUUUCACUUGAGAAACAACAUUGUAUGAUGUAUCCUGAGGUAUGUAGCUGGGUAAUGUGGUGAAACGCACAGUAAAUCACUGAAUCAACCACAAUGAUUGGUGGGAAGGUCUCA